ACUCUCACCCCUCCCCAAAGGUCAAUUAUCAACUUUUGCACAUGAUUUUGGGGACUUGCAACUUUCUCUUUCCUCAAAUUUGUCACAUAAUUAAUUUUGCACCACUUGCAUCACCUCUAAUUCUCAACAUUUAUAAAUACCAAGAUCUUCCUUCCAAUUGUAACAACAAAAAGUUAGUUCAUAUCAAGAGCAAGGUCCAUUAAUUCUUUAGAUUGAUCUUCGAGUACAAAGGCAGAAGGGAGCUUGGCGGCGAGACUCAGUAUAUAAGAUGAAGAGGCAAAGAGGUAGUAAAGUGAUGGGAAAUAGCUAUGAGGAGAAGAAGAGGGCUAAAAGGGUUAUGGAGAAACAAAGUGAAGAGGUGAAAAUUACACAAGAAGAACAAAGGAAAAAUGAUGUGAAGGAAGUGGAGUUGAUGAGUGAGUCAAAUGAUAAUAAUUGGAUUAUUGAUGAAUGGCUUUGUUCAUGGAGUAAUGUUAAUGUAUUGGAUGAGCAAAUGUCAUGGGGAACAUGUUGGUCACCUAUUUGGGACAUGGAGUUUUUGGGAGAAGCUUAUAUUAACUUGUACAAUGAUGUUUUGUGGGAUGAUGAUAUUUGGGAUUUGAAAUCCAUCAAGGAAGUUCCAAGUCCAUAGAGAAAAUUGAAGAGUUGAAGAAACUAGACAUGUUUGUAUUUUGAUCUUUUUUUAAGUUCAAUUCUUCUUUUUUAUGAGUCAGAGUGAUGAAAGACUGAAUCUUAGUGGGACGUGGCACGGCCUCGUGAUGACUUACAUUGCUUAGACUUUUUAAAUAUGUUAUCGUCAUAUGUGAGUGCGAGAUCUUUCAGAUGCAAAGGAUCUGACACGAAUUCAACAUAUUUUUGAAAAGUUCAAGAAAGAUGUGUGACAUCAAGGUCACCUGUCAAUUACGAUAUCUAGUCUAAAUUUGGUUGUAAUAGGUUGAAAAUGCACAUGUAUAUAUGUACAACUUUUUAUGGUUA